CAAGAUUUUGGAAAUCACCAAACCCUCAGAUCAUUUUUGCGUUACAUGCGACAUUAUCCAUUCAACGUAAGAUAAAAUUUAUGACUGCAGUGUAUACGAAUGUACUUAUAUGACCGUGGAUCUGGCUAUAGCAUGUCAGUAUCAACUAAUAAUAAGUUAUAUUAUUACCAUUGUUGGCAAUACUGAAACAAUGAAAGGUGUGGCAAGUUUACGAUAAAGAGAAUAUUUUUGAGACUUAUAAAUAAACGAUUUGUGACGUCUAUACACUGAUAACACCAAACAAUCGGCAUGUCUGUUGAUAAACAAGAUUAUCAUCGUGCGUCAAACGCGGUGGUACUUGGUGGAGUAAUUACAUAUAUUGCAGGUUUAUUGUUGGUUAUGGCAUUUACUAGCCCCUAUUGGAUUGAAUCUUACCAAGAGACUUUCAGUAAUUUCAAACAUAUGGGACUAUGGGAAUACUGUUUCGAACAGUUUAGAUAUCCAUAUUAUCAGUUUGACAAACAAUUUGAUGGAUGUCAUCACAUUUUCUCAGAAGAAUAUUAUGUGAUCAGAGAAUGGUUAUUGCCAGGAUGGUUAAUGGUUGUGCAGACAUUUGUUACUCUUGCUCUCUUACUCUCGUCCUUUGCGCAAGUUGUGAUUGCAUUGACCUUAAUCCGUUGGCCUUUAAAAUUUGUGUUGAAUUAUGAAUGGCUGCUUUCAGCUUUUGCUUUUGUGUGUUGUCUCACAGCAGGAACCCUAUUAUUUUUAGCAGUAUCAAUAUUUGGAGGACAAUGUUGGCGCAGAGACUGGUUGAUGUACCCAAACUUUAACCAUUUAUCAUGGUCAUAUGGUUUGGCAGUUGUUUCAUUCAUAUUUCACUGGUUAGCUUCGAGUUUGUUGUAUUUAGAUGCGAAAGCCGGUUAUAGAUUGCGUAAGGAAUCUCGCAAUUUAGUAAUGCAAAUGCAGCCCAAUCUACAAAGUCAUCAAGGAUUAUCAAGGGGAGGAUAUAUAUAAUCAUCCAUUAAAUCGAUAGCAUCCAAAUAAGAUUUAUUUACAGAAUGAGUUUCAAACUAUUUUUGGUAACGUUAAUUUUAAGUAAAUGUAGAUCUUGUAGAUCUGUUUUCAAACUCUUUUGUUUUAUAUGAUAUUGUUGUAUAAUUAAGUUUCCAGCGAUAGUAUUUAA